AUGAGCUGCUGCGGCAGCUACUACGGCAACUACUACGGGGGCCUGGGCUGCGGCUACGGCUGCUACCGAGGCCUGGGCUGCGGCUACGGCGGCUGGGGCUGCGGCCUCGGGGGCCUGGGCUGGGGCUACGGCGGGUGCGGGUACAGCUGCUACCGGCCCUGCUGCUACGGGAGGUUCUGGUCCUCCGGCUACUACUGAGCGGCCUUGCCCAUGACCGGGGUCCCCUCGCUGACCCUCCCGGGACACGCCCCU